CUAAUCUGUAUAAGUACGCCCUCAUGGUUAUAUAGCGUAAUGAGUACUUAUAAGUAAAUAAAAUAAACGUGAGAUGCAAAAAAUAGAUUUUUGAACGCUGUGGUUUAGUGGGCGGUGUGGAAAACAAAGCAUUUCCUACAGUCAUUUCCUUUCCAGUGACGUGGGAAACUCACGUUGGGGAAGGUCAGGGAGGAAAUUUAGGUUAAAACUAUUUUUAAUUUCCCUAGAGAGACUGCCUAAAGCGGUUUGUCCUUCAAGCACAGUUUUUUUUUGAACAUGAAAAAACAAUCUGCUUUCAAUAUUUGAUGGUUGAUGUAAUGCUUUUAUUUGUUUAUAUGAUUAAAUCGGAUUAAAAAAUAAGUAAGGCACGUUUAAAUCAAGAUGGUUUUACAGAUGUGAGGUGCGCAAAAUACAAGAGGUCACAGACAAAAAAUACUCAGCAUGGACUUUGUGAUAGGCGGCCUGGCUGCCAGCGGUGCCUGUAUCUUCAGCAACCCCUUCGACGUCCUAAAAACACGAAUGCAGCUACAGGGCGAGCUUCGUGCCAAAGGAGAACACUCAGUACAUUAUAGGAAUGUCUUCCACGCCGCCUAUGUCGUCGUUAAGAACGAGGGACUCAGAGGCGUACAGAAGGGACUGGGAGUGGCCAUGGUGCUGCACGGUCUCCGAAACUGCGUUAGAUUAGGUUUAUAUCAAACAAUGGAAAAGAAGGGUUUCCUAACAAACUCCGAGGGUAAAACAGUAUUCUACAAAAGCGCCGUUGCCAGCGCUUUCGCCGGUGCCACGGGAGCCUUUUUCGGGAGUCCCCUGUUCCUUAUAAAGACGCAGCUUCAGUCUCAGGCUGCCAAACAGAUAGCUGUAGGUCAUCAGCAUGGCCAUUCUGGUGCUUUGGAGGCUGUGAGAACCAUCUACCUUCAGCACGGGAUUCUAGGUCUUUGGAGGGGGGUGAAUGGUACCAUGCUGAGAGCCUUGGUAGGAUCAUCGUCACAACUCACUACUUUUGCUCUGACCAAAGAUAAACUCAGGGAAAACGAAUUCUUGCGACAGUCGACACUAUUGACAUCUCUGAUUGCCAGUAUUUUUAGUGGAUUGAUUCAAACCAUAAUGAUUAAUCCUUUCGAUGUUGUGUCGACAAGGUUAUACAAUCAAGAAGUGGACGCUAAUGGGAAGGGCGUCCUAUACAGUGGCGUAUCAGACUGUUUUCGGAAAAUCUUCAAAACCGAAGGUCUAAGUGGCAUGUAUAAAGGGGUGGUAGCCAACUACAUGAGACUGGCACCUCACUCACUAUUCUGCCUUCUAUUCUGGGACAUUCUCAAGGACUUAAAAAAGAACUACAUCGACGAACGGCGGUGACAGUGGCGUAACAAUAGAGAAAAAAACAAAUAACAAAUAAAUAAAUAUGUAUAUUUAUUAAACAAUACCUAAAAUAGUAACAUUUAUAUUAUGUACAAAUUCUCAAAGACCGUUUCUGCGUUUGAUAAAAACGCAGAGACGGACUUGGUAUGACAGCAGCAGAGCUAACAAAAAAAACGUACAUUUAAGUUAAGAUGGCACAUUUACUGAAAAGGUGCUGCAGAUAUAGUAUACACAGCUACAAUACGAUCGAAAAAAAAACGACGUCCGCGAAGGCUAUGAAAUGAAGAUCGCUGUCAUUUUAUUAUGUAAAAUUAUCUGGAUAUAUUUUCAUCUAUGUUCAUUUCCGAGCCAACUCGACGCCGUUUUUUUACUCGAUCAUACGCUAUAUCCGUAUUAUUUUAUAAUAAUAACUAAAAAAUAAAAGACUAUUUAUUUACACUGA